AACAGCGUCAGUAGAGAGUGGAGUGGAGGGGACCGCAGUGAGGGAGCAGGGUGCCAAGAGGAGACACAGAGCCAGAAAACAGGAGGACAAGUCUGACAUUUAUUUUCUGAUUAGGGAGCAUCACAGAAGAGAAAACGAAUCUCUUUUUUUUUUAUAUGGAUACUGAUUUCUGUUUUCCCCAACUCCUUUCCAGGCUGGUUUCAUCACACCAGCAGCACUGCGCUUCAUUGGAAUGUGCGCUGUAGGUUCUCCGGGACACGUCUGAAACACAAGACAACGGAGAUAGAAUAGAAAAGAGCUUCUGCAGUCAGAAAAAGUCCUUUAAAAAAAAUCAAAAUGCCUCUCUUUUAAUGGGGCAGAUUUUUCCGGACGCCUCACGCAUUUUUGGAGACUUUUACGCAUUUUGGAGACUUUUGUCUCCCGACUGAUAUGGGUGAUGGAAAUGGACAUUUUGUCCAUUAACAGAGGAUAAUAAGGUUUUUAAUAUUUUCUACCCAAGUGCACUUGUUUUUCCGGCGAUGAUUGUGCUUUUGAUUGUCCUGUGCAUGACGGAUGGAGUGCUCUCUCAGAUACGCUACUCUGUGCCGGAGGAGGCGGACCAUGGCACCUUGGUGGGGAAUAUCGCCGAGGACCUGGGACUGGACCUUACCAAACUGGCCUCCCGCCGCUUCCAGGUGGUGCCCAGCUCUCGGACACCGUACCUUGAGGUGAACCUGGAGAACGGCGUCCUAUUCGUUAACGAAAAAAUCGACCGGGAGCAUAUCUGCAAGCAGAGCGCCAGCUGCCAGCUCAACAUGGAGGUGUUCUUGGAGAACCCACUGGAGCUGUUUCGGGUCGAAAUCGAAGUGGUGGACAUUAACGACAACCCACCCAGCUUUCUGGAGACAGACAUCACUGUGGAGAUCUCAGAAAGCGCCACUCCGGGCACCCGUUUCCCUCUGGAGAGCGCGUUCGACCCGGACGUGGGCUCUAACGCUUUACGCACAUACGAUAUCACCACUAACAACUACUUUUACCUGGAUGUGCAGACCCAAUCGGACGGAAACAAGUUCGCGGAGUUGGUCCUGGAAAAGCCGCUGGACCGGGAGCAGCAGGCGGCGCACAGGUACGUGCUGACCGCGGUGGACGGCGGUCAGCCUCCCCGGACUGGCACCGCGCUGCUGGUGGUCAAAGUGCUGGACUCUAAUGACAACGUGCCGGUGUUUGACCAGCCCGUGUACACGGUGAGCCUCUCAGAGAACGCACCGGUGGGCACGCUGGUCAUACAACUAAACGCCACCGACAUGGAUGAGGGACUAAACGGGGAGAUAGUUUAUUCCUUCAGUAACCACAUAUCCAACCGCGUAAAGGACCUGUUCAGCAUAGACCCGCGCACCGGGCGCAUCGAGGUGCGCGGAGAGGUGGAUUUCGAGGAGAGCAGCCUGUAUCAAAUCUUCGUUCAGGCCAAGGAUCUGGGGCCAAACGCCGUGCCUGCGCACUGCAAAGUGCUGGUCAAAGUCACCGACGUGAACGACAACGCACCGGAGAUCACCUUCAGCACCGUCACCGAGUCAGUGAGCGAAAAGGCGGCUCCCGGCACCGUUAUCGCGCUGCUGAGUGUGACGGACCGGGACGCAGAGGAGAACGGACAGAUACACGUGGAAAUCCUCGGAGAUGUCCCCUUCAAAUUAAAAUCGUCCUUUAGGAAUUAUUUCACCAUAGUGACCGACGGGCCGUUGAACCGGGAGCAGGCGGACUCCUACUCCGUCACUGUGGUCGCGCGGGAUAAAGGGACGCCCUCGUUGGCUGCCAGUAAGUCAAUCCGAGUCCAGGUGUCAGAUGAGAACGACAACGCGCCCACAUUCACGCAGCCCAUAUAUGAUGUGUAUGUGACAGAGAAUAACGUGCCAGGGGCGUACAUACACGCUGUGACGGCUCUGGACCCGGACAUCGGGCAGAACGCGCUCAUCAGUUACUCCAUAUUAGAGUGUGACAUCCAGGGCAUGUCAGUCAAAACCUAUGUGUCCAUCAAUGAGGAGACAGGCUAUCUGUAUGCACUCAGGUCCUUUGAUUAUGAGCAGCUGAAGGAUUUCACAUUCAUGGUCCAGGCCAAAGACGCGGGCACCCCGGAGCUCUCCUCCAACGCCACAGUCAAAGUCAUAAUUGUGGAUCAGAAUGAUAAUGCCCCCCUGGUGCUGGCUCCCUUGGGGAAGAACGGCACAGCCAAGGAGCCCCUGCCCCGAUCAGCUGAGCCGGGCUACCUGGUGACCCGCAUCGUUGCUAUGGAUGCUGAUGAUGGUGAGAACGCCCGGCUGUCCUACAGUAUCCAGAGGGGGAACGAGAACGGCAUGUUUAGGAUGGACUGGAGGACGGGCGAACUUCGGACGGCGAGGCGGGUGUCGGCCAAGCGAGACCCCCACCAGCUGUAUGACCUGCUGAUUGAGGUGAGAGACCACGGCCAGCCGCCGCUGUCCUCCAGUGCCAGCGUGCUGGUGAUGCUGGUGGACAGCGUGGCUGAAGGCCGUGGCGGUGGGGAGCGGGGAGGCACAGCCAAGGCCAAAGACGGCACCCUGGACCUCACCCUCAUCCUCAUCAUCGCCCUGGGUUCUGUCUCAUUCAUCUUCCUCCUGGUCAUGAUCGUGCUGGCCGUGCGCUGCCAGAAGGACAAAAAGCUUAACAUUUACACCUGCCUGACCAGCGAGUGCUGCCUGGGCUGCAGCUCCUGCUGCUCACGGCAGGGCCGUGCCCGUAAGAAAAAGCUCAGCAAGUCGGAUAUCAUGCUGGUGCAAAGCGCUGGCAACGUCAGUGGGGCCGGUACAGCUCAAGUCCCCGUGGAGGAGUCAGGGAGCUUCGGCUCUCACCAUCAAAACCAGAACUAUUGCUACCAGGUAUGUCUGACUCCAGAGUCUGCCAAAACCGACCUCAUGUUCCUAAAGCCGUGUAGUCCGUCUAGGAGCACAGACACCGAUCACAACCCGUGCGGGGCCAUAGUGACAGGGUACACAGACCAGCAGCCUGACAUCAUAUCAAACGGCAGCAUUUUAUCAAACGAGACCAAACACCAGCGAGCUGAGCUCAGCUACCUGGUUGAUAGGCCGAGACGUGUCAACAGUUCGGCAUUCCAGGAGGCGGACAUGGUCAGCUCUAAAGACAGCGGCCACGGCGACAGCGAGCAGGGAGACAGCGACCACGACGCCACCAACCGAGGCCAUUCCUCCGGCGCCGAUCUUUUCUCUAACUGCACGGAGGAGUGUAAGGCCCUGGGCCACUCCGAUCGCUGCUGGAUGCCCAGCUUCGUGCCCUCUGACGGGCGCCAGGGCCCAGACUACCGCAGCAACCUCCACGUGCCCGGCAUGGACUCAGUCCCGGACACAGAGGUAUUUGAAAGCCCUGAGCAAACGGCCGAUAAGUCAUUCUCCACCUUUGGCAAAGAGACGCCUCUCAGUCACCUCCACCACCACCAAAACCACCACCACCUUCUCAAAAACCAUCACCUCAGCCACCAGCAGGGCUCCCUAGAGAGGAAAGAGUUGGAAGCAUUUCUGCCUAGCUCCAGAGCACCUUAUAACCCAGCUUAUUUAACGAGGAAAAGGGUUUGCUAGCUCCUUUCGCGUGGACAUACCGGAGACCGCGUGACUUUGCACAAUCACUCCCCGACGUCCGAGGCUAUAAAAAUAAAGAAAAAGCAUCAAGUUUUCAACCCAUUUUUGCCCUCAUCCCUCCUCACCCAGCGAAAAUUUGAAAAUAAAAACACACUCGACUACACACUAAAUGAGGAACGACCCCCUUUCUGGAAUUCCUUGGAGCACUGCCGGGCUUUGGAGGCAACCCACUCUGGGGAUUAGGAGACAGUCGAACACGGGGGAGGGGAGGGGGGUGGGGGGGUCGGGGGUUGGGAAGGAUGGGUGUGGGCAGGUAGAUGGAUAGCCUUACCGGGAGGAGCCCAUUGUCUCAGCAGGACUGAGAAACUAACAGAGGAGGAGGAAGGACAGCGGCGACGGAGAGAUGAAAGCGGACACUGAUCUCUCCGUUCUUUUUCCAAUCUGCGUGUGCCUGUUUACAGCACUGAUGUAUACAUCUCUGAGGAAAAACAAAACCAGACGAAGACUACAUAUGUGUACGGAUAUCGAAAACGAGAGCCACCCCGAUAAAACCGCCACUGAGCCCUUUAGGCGUUUGUACUCGCAGAGAGACGCCAAAUUGUACAGGAGAAUCUUUGUGCAUUUCAAAAUGCAAUACCACUGUUUUAGAUUUUUCUAUUCUGUUCGUGUGGUCAGGUGUCUCUAUUCCGAUCUACUUCAAACUUUGUAAGAAAAGAUUGUGGGCAGGAUAUUUUUUUAUUUAUGUUUUAUUUUUUAUUCUGGGUUCUUUUCAUGUUUUGCUCUUUUCAGCUUUGGGUUUGGUUGGUUCAUCACAUUGUAGGCUUGGACAAUGUUUGACCUACACUUUUCUGAUUCUGAGACGUCAAGUAGUUUCUAUCAUGUGUGAGAAGUGUUUACUGUAAUCUUUUAAAGUUUCAAGCUGAAUAUAAAACUCUAUAUAUAAAUCUAUCUAUAUCUACUUGUUCUGAAGGCGUGCUAUCCGUUUGCUGGGUUCCACAUUCUGAUUCAGAGGUCCGACUCUUGUUUAAGUGCCCCUGAAAAAGGCUUUUUUUGUUUUGUUUUUCCCCACAGUGGGAGACAUAAAGAGAGACAGAACAGCCUUAGCAGAUGUAAAACUCAAGUUCUCAUUGUUUGACAUUAUUUCAUUCUUUUUUUUUUUGUUUUCUUCCACUUUUGGAUAUUGAUAAAGAUCAUGUCUAUAAAUAAAAAGGAGGUAAUAAUUUAGAUUGAAAUCCAUGGUAAUUCUGUGUCAUUGUAACCAAAACUUUAAGGGUCCAUUUAUAAAGAAACAGAACAUGGCCAAAAGCAAGAGGUGUUGUACACAAUGCAGUGGAAUCGAGUAUACACACAUUUCUUUCUCACACAUUUACAAACACAAACACACCAAUAUGCCAACAAUAAACUGAAAAAUGGUGAAAA